AUGGACCUAUCUGAGGGCCAGGCUGGCGGCCCCACUGCCAAAGUGUACCACUGGGAGCAGCCAGAGGAGAGCGGCCUGGGGGCACUACUCGCCUUAGAAGAGCAGAUACUGAACUCCACAUUCGAAGCCUGUGACCCCCAGAGAACAGGCACUGUGACUGUGACCCACCUACUAGCCUAUCUGGAGACAGUGACAGGCCGGGGUCCCCAGGAUGCACGCCUCCAAACACUGGCUUGUAGUCUGGACCCCAACGGGGAGGGCCCUGGGGCCACUGUGGACUUGGACACUUUCCUGGCCGUCAUGCGGGACUGGAUCGCUGCCUGUCAGUUGGAUGGAGGAUUAGAGCUGGAAGAGGACACUGCCUUCGAGGGGGUCCUGACCUCCCAGCGGCUGCCAUCUGGAUGCCGGGAAGCUGAGGAACCAGCCAAUCUGGAGAGCUUUGGAGGCGAAGACCCCAGGCCUGAAUUGCCGGCCACCGCUGACUUGCUGAGCAGCCUGGAGGACCUGGAGCUCAGCAACCGGCGGCUGGCGGGGGAGAACGCGAAACUGCAGCGCAGUGUGGAGACUGCUGAGGAAGGCUCCGCUCGGCUGGCUGAGGAGAUCUUGGCCCUGCGCAAGCAGCUUCGCAGUACCCAGCAGGCUCUACAGUGUGCCAAGGCCGUGGAUGAGGAGCUGGAGGACCUGAAAAGCCUGGCCAAAAGCCUGGAGGAACAGAAUCAUAGCCUUCUGGCCCAGACGCGGCAGACGGAAAAGGAGCAGCAGCAUUUGGUGACUGAGAUGGAGACUCUGCAGGAGGAGAAUGGGAAGCUACAGGCUGAACGGGAUGGAGUGAAAAAGAGGAACGAGGAGCUGACUAUGGAAAAGGACGCUUUGAAGCGGCAGCUCUAUGAGUGUGAACGAUUGAUUUGCCAACGAGACACCGCCCUCUCUGAGCGUACUCGCCAUGCAGAGCGGCUGGCCACAACUUUGGCAGAGUACAAAACCACCACCCAGGAAUUAAGGAACGAAAUUUCACACCUGGAGGAGAAGCUGAGUCAGAUCCAUGAGGGUCCCGAUGAGCUGCCUGAAGGGGCCCAAGCAAGAAGAGUGGACUGGACCGGACAACUGCCCCCAUCUCUGGGCAUGGAGAUCGGGGCAAUUCAGCAGAGCCAGGAUGCAGCUGCCUCCAGCCUCAGGAACCCUCUGUGUGGUGUGUGGCAGUGGGAGGACAUCACCAACGAGACUGAUGAAGAAGUCGAGUGUCUGCCUGCAGUCCAGGGCCAGUCCACACCCCCUCAGAAAGGAAAGAAGGAGCGUUCAAUGUGGUUGCCUAGAAGAGAGGAAGAGGAGGAAGAGGAAACCCAAGUCAUGGCCAGUCUCCCGGUUCCUCAGGGAGUUCCCAACUGUGGAUCUGUGCUGGCAAGUCGUCCUGGGAGCCCUCCCCAGCCAGCGCUGCAGCAAGCCCUGGUGCCUGUGGCGAAGGAGCCCGUCCCAGUCAGGAGGCCGGCCUGGAGCCAGCUCUGCCUCUGUCCUCUGCACCCGCCGCAGCUCAGGCUCCCCCGGCAUUCCAUGGUUCCGGCACCAAUGCUGGCCUUGCUGCUGCUGUUGCUGCUGCUCUCAGUGCUGCUGCUGGGCCACUCGCCGCCCCCCACCUGGCCUCACCUCCAGCUCUACUACCUCCAGCCCCCACCUGUAUGA